AGCUCCAUGGCCAUGACUCCAUAAGGUUCAGUCUCUAUUAUCUCUCUCCGUCACUAAAAGCAGCUGUUACUUUUUUCAAAUUUUGAGGCGAAAUACAUUCACAUUUUGUGUAAUGGAAGCACGAGAAUUCUUCACCGGCGCCGGCUUUUUGGGCGCUGCCGCCGGGGAGUCGCAAUAUGGUUGCGAAAACCGUUACCUAGUGGAACAGAAGUCCGCUGAGCACAGCCUCAAUGCUAACAAUUUCACCGUCGAUGAGCUUCUGGACUUCUCAAAGCACGACGAGGUCACCGCCGACGAUUUCUUCGACAGUGUUGCAGGCCGCUCCUCCACCGUCGCUGGUGUCGACAGCUGUAACUCCUCCGUCUCCGGUGGCCAAUUCAGCGGUAGCUUCACCGACGCCGCUUUCAGUGCUUCCGAGCUUUGCGUUCCGUAUGAUGAUUUGGCGGAGCUGGAAUGGCUGUCGAACUUCGUGGAGGAUUCAUUCUCGAGCGAUGAGGUUCAAAAUCUUCAGCUAAUUUUGGCCACAAAAACCUCCGCCGCCGCCGCUGAUUCUUCCUCCUCCGGCAACUGCAAGGAAAUCGCGAACAAUUAUUCACUUCCGGCGUUCCCUUCCGACGUCUCAGUUCCCGGAAAAGCACGCAGCAAACGUUCCCGCGCCGCGCCCUGGGACUGGUCGUCCCGUCUCCAGCUCCUUUCCCCAGCCAAAUCACAGUCCGAGAGCAACAACAACAACAACGCAUCGGCUCCGAAAGCGUCCAAGACGACGCCGUCUAAGAGAAGAGAAAGCACCGACACUCAAGGGCGGAAGUGCCUGCACUGUGCGUCUGAAAAGACGCCCCAGUGGCGGACCGGGCCAAUGGGGCCGAAGACGCUUUGCAACGCGUGUGGGGUCCGAUACAAGUCGGGGCGUCUCGUGCCCGAAUACCGACCCGCGGCAAGCCCCACAUUCGUCUCCACCAAACACUCCAACUCCCACCGCAAGGUCCUGGAGCUCCGCCGCCAAAAGGACCUCCACCUCCACCACCAGCAACAGUUGCUCAGUCAAGCCUCCAUCUUCGGCGGCGAUGCCUACUUGCUUCACCAUCAACAAACAUGCGGCACUGACUAUACGCACAUCAUCUAGCCCAUUCCAGUUUACACAUUUAAUUAAGCUCCAAGUAACAUUCAGAAAGCAACUCAGAUCAAUUUUCCUAAUUUACUCAGCCUUAGAGAUAUUACUCCUAUCUCGAGGAAUUGAAGGUGAAGAACCAACAAUGGCGCAUGCAAUUCUGUAAUUCUUUCGCUAAUUGAUAAUAUAAUUACGUUUUUCUUCAUGUACAACAACUUUGCGUUGGAUGGAUUUCUUGUACUGUAGCUUAAUUGCUAACCUAUCAAUAAAAGUUUUGAUUAUUUUAAAAAA